CUGAAAAUUGUGUUUUUGUUUCGUUGUGGUUCGUCUGAUAAUUAUUAUUUCGGCAGAGUUUAACUACAAAUAGUUUACCUUUUGCUUUACUAAAAAAAGCGAGACGCAUACACCAAGCUCGGACACAAAGGCGAAUACCAGAGCGACAUCGAUGUGAGAGCAUCAUCCCUGACGCAAGCAACGCAACGUUGGAUACGGAAGCAGCAAGCGGGAGGCCUGUGGGCGGGUGAGACGUGAGGUUCUUCAAACAAGAACAUAGGGAGCUUGUGUGCCCGUUGUGGGGUAAGCGGUUCAUGUAUCGCAAAAACGGUUUUCAGUCGUCGUUCCUCAAUCACGCAGUCGAGAGCAUUGGCGCUGAGCAUCCCCAGUUAUUGCGUUUGUCGACGCAGAAUAGUAUACACUGAAGCGAGUUGUUAGUACGUGACACCAUAGCCAUAGCGAGCAGUUAUAGUAGAAGGUUCAAGGCCACAGCUAAACAAAAAGGUUGUCCAGGUUCGUUUCCGUGAUAAAUUCUGGAACUGAAAGCGAAACGCAAUGGCGCAGCAAGUGCAGCAAGUUUUCAAGGUCGCCAUGGCUAAAACGGCAGCAGGCGGUCAGCGGGCAAUGUCCACCGGAGUCUUCAGCACACUAGAAGGAUCCUCUGGCGCUUUGAAAAAAGCUACACCGCAGUCGCAAUCCGGACUGCACCUAACGGCCCAACGGACUUAUCCGCUGGCGGCCGCACUACCGUUACCGCCCAACAUCGAUACAACGGAGACGAGCCGCUUCUCGCCGCUUCGUUCGCGUGAUAUCAAUGCAUCCGCAAUGCUAACGCACCAGUCAUGCGGUGGUAACUAUCCGAUCGAUGUUACGGUUGAUAUGAGCGAUGCUUCCGCACGUGCAACAAUCGAUCCUCACGUUGAGUCGUAUGAUUGCCGCGGUGCCGUCAGCCUCAACUCCGCCAUGCAAAGUAACGUACCGAGCCCGUUCGGUGGGAUGCACAAGUUUACGCAUUUGAACAUGCCGGGCGGUUCCUGGGGCCAGGAAAGCAAGUUUCUGUCGCACGAACUGAAUUCAUCCCAUUACACCAACCUGCGACAGGAGGUGCGCUCGGAUUGGUCCAAUUACGAGGAUAAGCCGGUCAAGCUGGAAGGAGGAGCAGCAGCAGAAGGUAGGCAGGCGCAGCAGGGCAAUCGUUUAGGUCUGGUGGGGCGCUCAAGCUCGACUAACUUCCUGUCCACACAGCUGCUGCACACACAGGCUGUACGGGACAUUCCGUCGCUGCUAAGUUUCCAAAGAUCGUUUUCCACUAGCUCGCUCCACUUAUUGGCUUUGAGUUCGCACACUUUGCAAUCGCAAACAAAAGGUAAUGCUAAUGCUUCGACUAACGUGACUAACGAGGAACGAGGGCAAACACCGACCCCAGCGGAGCCAGCCCCUGUCUCACGCAAAGAUCGCUUAAAGAAGGCGAUCAAAGAGUACGGCUCCACGGUUCUCGUGUUCCACGUUAGCAUCAGCCUUGUUUCGUUGGGUACCUGCUAUUUGCUGGUUUCUAGCGGAAUAGACAUGGUUGCGUUGCUGGAACGAUUCGGUUGGGGAGAUUCGGCGCUGGCCAGCAAAGUUGGAGCCGGUGCCGGUACAUUCGUUGUUGCGUAUGCCAUUCACAAGGUAUUUGCACCGGUUCGAAUUAGCAUCACGCUGGGCGCGACACCACUGAUCGUUCGCUAUCUUCGCCGUAAGGGCAUCUUAAAGCCACCACCAGCUGUAUCCUCUUCCUCAUCUCCGCCGGAUGCUGGAGGGAAGUAAUAUUUAAGGCAUUUAAGUUGUGCUUGUGAAUGUGAUGAGAUAUAAAGCUUAUCCUUUUUGUAAUUUAAAUAAUUACAAUUCUAUAUGUUAAAUUCCUGUAUGAAGCAAUAAAGAUAGGUGAGUGUUUAAGACAA